AUGGACUUGGGCGCCUUCUUGGCCGACGAUACCCUUGGUGGAUCGUGGGCUGAUGAGGAGGUCGACAUGUCCUCCAUCAGUGUGCCUACUACCGCCACUUCUGGCUCUGGUGCUCCUGUGUCAUCUUACCUGAGACAGGAAAGCUCUGACUUUGAGAGAAGAGACAGAAUCGAGUAUCCAGUGCCAAACGCUCCACCAUACAGAGCUCGUGUUGCUAACUUGCCAUACGACGCUUCCGAGGAUGCUUUGGCUCGUUUCUUCGAGGACAGAUUGCAGGCCCGUGACAUUGUCGGCGAUGUCAAAUUGCCUAUGGACAACUUAAGUGGCAAGAUCAAGGGUUUUGCUUUCGUGACUUUCUCCGAGAAGGCUGUCUUGGAGGAGGCUUUGAACUUGACCAUGUCCGAGUUCAACGGUAGAAAGAUCUUCGUCAACGUCGCUGCUCCUCAAAAGCAAGAUGUCUUUGACUUGGACUGGAGAUCCGCCAGAUCCGGCCCAACCGGUGGCGACAGAAGAGGAGACAGAGAGCCAAGAGAGCAAGUUGAGUUGGACUGGGGUGCCGCCAGAGGCCACAAUGCCCCAUCUGCCAGAGAGAGAUUCGAGAGAGGCGACAGAGGCGACAGAGGUGACAGACCAGAAAGACGUUUUAGAGACGAACCUGACUUGGACUGGGGUUCUGCUCGCGCCAGCGGCCCAUCUUCAAGCGAGGGUCCUAGAGAGAGAAGACCAAGAAGAGAGGAGCCUGAUCUUGACUGGGGCUCUGCUAGAGGUGGUGCCGGUCCUUUGCCUCCAAGAGAGAGAAAGCCAAGAAAGGAGGAGCCAGACUUGGACUGGGGUGCUGCCAGAACCGCUGCUCCUUUGCAACCAAGAGAGAGAAGCAAGAGAUCCUCCGAAGACUUCACCAACAUCAGAAAGAAGGACGAGAAGGAGUUCGACUGGAAGAGAGGCCAAAAGUUGCCAGCCAAGGAAAAGCCUGCCGCUGGUAAAAAGGAUGAGAAGGAGCAAAACAAGCCUCAAAAGUCCUCUUUCGACGUUUUGGCUGUUGAGGAUGACGAUGACUCCGAGGAGGAGAAGGAGGGUGAGACUGGUCUUGAGGAGCCAGUUUCUCAGUUGAGUGUUUAA